AGAUAAUAUUUUCUCACUCGUUAGUUGGAACACUCAAAUCAAAUGAAAGCUUGAAUAAUAUGUACCUACAUCAAAAAGUGAUACGAACUAGACUGUUUCUGAUCAUUGAUCGUUUAAUAUUCAUCGUAUUUGGUUUAGUGAUUGAAUAUCCUACUCAGAGUAUAGCGUACCUUACCUAUAUGAAAUCAAUAGCAACCAUGAAAGGUGUCACCAUCAUAUCAACAAGGCUGAGCAAUAAACGAGGAUAUAUCACAUUGGCAAUCAUCCUUUAUUUAUUCCUUAUCAGCUUAUUCGGACAGUUUCAUGUCAGAAAUUACAACUUCAAGUCGGACUACAACAGACUGAUAAACAUCACUUUUUCUUUCGAACAUUUACCCCUGAUAUGCCAUAGCUCGCAGCCCACCUUCAUUGUUAUAGUCCACAGCUCUCCAGAAAACUUCGUCAAGAGAAAAACGAUCAGGGAGACAUGGGGCGGUAAAACAAACAACGUGAGCUUAUUAUUCGCUCUAGGACACACCGAAAAUGUACAGAUUCAUAAGGAAAUCGAAAGGGAGUACGAAGUCCACCAGGACCUGCUUGAAGGUAGUUUCUUAGACACCUACCACAACCUAACCUACAAACACGUGAUGGAAUUGAAGUACACAGUUUAUCAUUGCCCGGAAGUAAAGUACCUGGUGAAGCUCGACGACGAUGUUUUUGUUAACAUGCCUAACCUCAAAGAGUUUAUCCAUCUGUACAACCUUGAAAAUGCCAACUCGACUAGUAUAUUGUGUUCAAGGAUGUCCGGUAAUCCUGUUUUGAGGAGUGGAAGAUGGGGUGUUCCUGUGGAAGAAUAUCCAGACGAAUACUACCCGGAUCAUUGCUCGGGCUUCGCCAUAAUUUACCCACAAAGAGCUGUUGCUGCGCUAUAUGCGCAGGCGCAGAAAACGAAAUAUUUCUGGAUUGACGAUGCUUUCGUUAGUGGUAUUGUGGCCAAGGGCGCUGGUUUGACUCAUACUGAAAUCGCUGACCUAUUUUUGUCUGACGAAGAAGUAGUUGGGAUUGUGGAUUUCGAUUUUACCAAUAUAACGAAACCGUUCUUGUUUGGGAGGAUGAACCUGGAUGACUAUCAGAUAAGGUCCUUGUGGGACUUUGUUAAACAUCAUACACCCAAAGCUAGUAUAUUGGAUUACCUAAAAAUUGAAUAGAUUAUUGACUUUUCGAAUUCAAUUGAAUUGAAUGAACCUUUCAAGAGUUAUUGGGCAGUGGAAUAUACAGUGUUAUCCAUUGAGCCCGUGAACCCAUUAGGACCAAGUUGAUCAUUAGAUUAUUAGAUUAGGCGAUCCAACUUAGGCGAGAAUUCUGAUAUGGCGCCUGGUUGGCACCAUGUAUCAAUUCAAUAGUAUAUAAUGCGACCAUAGCAAUUAAAUUGUCCUCUUUUGUGAUUUUCCGUGAUGAAGACUUCCACUUCGGAUACGGAGUAUUGACCAUAAAUAAUUUAUUUGUGUGCCAACCAGGGCAUACAACGACAGAGGUCGAAAGAUUGACCAACAAAAUUACUGGUGUGGUCAGAUGUUAGAAGUUAGAUAGCGAAAAAAGCUUUUCAAAAGAUUUGAUCAGAAUUAAAUUUUCUACUCGCCUAUACAGUCUCAAGAAAUUAUUCUAGAAAAUUCAAAAUAUUGCUGUUUUUUCGAAAUUUUGCGAUCUUGUUACAAUUCUCUUUUUUUCUCUGUAUAGGUUCACCUCUAGGUUGACAGUAUGAUGGUACAAUGUAUCUCAAUAAACAUGAGAGAAUAAUUUCGUUCACUUCACACCAGAGUUACUAAAAUAGGAACUGCAACUGAAAUAUUUCAGAUGUAAUAUAGUACACGAAAUGUUACAGGCUCCUGGUCUUCAAAUUUAAUUGCGAAGUGAGAGGUUCAGCCACGAUUAUCAAUCAUAUAUAAUAUCACGAGAGCUUCAAUUAUUUCCGGAAAGUUUUUCGAGAACACGAAUUUUCUAAAUAUUCGUGUUUUAGAAAAAAAUCCCGGAUAUUGAUUGAAGCUAAUGUGGUAUUCGGUAAGAAAAUUUCACUCCAAACAACACUUAGAUGAUUUAGCUGAAAAUGAUGGUUGUUUGUGAUGGAAUGUAAGAACUAACGUAUAGUAACAACAUGUGUUUUUGUAAAUUUCGAAUUUGCAAGUAUACCUACAUAAUUUUAUAUGAUAAUCUGUUGGUAAAUAAUUUUUAUUCAUUAACUUAUAGAAUGAACUCGAAAUAAUCUGAAGUUGAAUGUGAAUCUCAUUUAGUCUAUAAACGUCAAAAAAUGUCUAGUGUAAUAUCAUGCUCCGUCCCCCAAGGAAGAGGAAAACAUUUCCAAGGAAUUUGUUAAGUUGCUAUGGUAACGAUACGGAAUACAGGCUUUGAAUUGAUCGAAAAUGUUUGGUGUGAAAUUUUCAAUAAAAUAGUUUUAUUCGAUAGUUUUUUCCAGUGUAAUUAUAAAAUAAUUCUUUUUAUCGAAUCAAUCAAUAAAUAAUAUACAACGUUGAUGCUGGGUUUAUAGAUUCAAUUCAAUUAACAAAUAGGAAAGAACAAUCAACAAUUAAUGAUCUUGAGGGUGUUCAUACAGAUCUGAUAUCAUUUAAAAAAAUCAAAAAUCAAAAUAAUGUUAAAAAGUGAUUUUGUUCUCCACAAUUCAUUAAUCCAUGAAACAUAUUCCAAUUAUUGAAUAUCACCAAAUUCCACUUGAACAACAACAAAUCCAAUCUUCAUGUUCUGUCUCCAGAAUUUCAUAAUUCUUAGUUGUCGAGUUGAAAGUUGGCCAACUUUGUGAUUCUUAAUAAUUCUUGAUUUUAAUGACAGAUGCAAAUGUAUAAACCCUCAUAGAUGUUUUCGUGUAAUCAACUUUUUAAGUUCAUAGUUGUUAGUUUGAUCUUAGGCUGUGUCAAGUCAACCAGCUGUUUGGGAAUAUCGGUCACGUUUCAAACCUGACCAAAAAAGUUAUUACUACUUUUGAUGGGAGUCGUGUCAACCAUUGGCCAUCCUGGCAUCACCACUGUGGUCGAACGAAUGACUUGACACAGCCUCAGUUUAGUUGAAUCUUGUUGAAUCUAGAAACCUAGUAUAAACGUCAUCAAUUUUGAUAGCUUAUAGAACAACGGGAAAAACGUUAUUGUUUUGACAUCUCUAUCGAGUUCUUGACGGGCCGCGUUAGAUUUAAAAUCGUCAAAAUAAUCACAUGUAUAAUGAUACACAAAAUUUAGUUAUUAAUUAUACAAGGGAAAAAAGUAGUAGAUUUUAGCUCCAGGUUGUGUUGUCUCCCGACGCGUAGCGGAGGGAGACAAAAAACCGUGACCUAAAAUCUAAUAUUUUUCCCGUGUAUAAUACACUAUUUUUCUCUGUGAUGAGAAAGGACGAAUCAAUAUUGAGAAGAUAACACAUUAUUUUGAAAUCUGAAAAUUAUCGACGUGAAAUUUCAAGUUUUUAACAGGGACACCUGCGUUGUAGGCAUCUUUAACAUUCUUUUGAAGUAAUCAAAUAUCUGAUGUCACUUCUGUCAGUCUAAUUCUGUGAUUUUAUUUCAAAAAAUUGCGAAUUUAGUGGUUGUUUAGUGAUAUACGUAACCGCGAAGUCGAAUGGAAGAUAAAAGGACUUGCAGUUCUUUCUCGGAAACGGUACUAUUGACAACGGGAAAAGAGUAUUUUAUGAGAAGUGACAUUUUAUAACCUGCCAACAGAGAUGAAAUGCCAAACUUUUUUCCCGUCACAGAAAAAAAAAUUAUUGGAAGCAAUACUAUUCCCAGCCCAUACAGAACCCCAAAAGGUUUAGCCUUAUUGUAUCCCAUCAAAUAAAGAUAAGUAUCUCAAAAACCAAGCCAUAAAUCGAAUAUUUGCAUUCGUUCUUCAAAUUGAGCAAGGAAUAAAAAAAUUUAAUGUUUUUCGUGAAAUAUCCAGUAACACCGAAGAUUAGGAGAGGGAGACCCGACCCCCCAACCUUAAGUUUUUUUUUGUCGAAACUAUUAAUAAUUUGUCAAAACGGUUUCCAUGUCCCUAUCCACCAACAUUCCAUUCAAUAUCAAUUGAUAUUUUAUUGAAAUAAAUACAGAGUGGUCAAAAAUCUUAAUUCUGAACCUAUAUCUAUUUCAAUAAAGAACGUGGAAAGUUGAGAUGAGGACAUGGAAACCAUUUUGACCAUUUAUGAAUAGGUUCGACACAAAAAAUUCUUAAAGUUGAAAAAGUUCAAUUUUCCACACCUUAUCUUCAUCAUCAUUCCCGCUAGACCCCAAGUGUGGUAGAUCGAUGAAAUCAACUCUUCAAGGAGAAUCUGAAAAUGAAAUGAUAAGAUAUGGGGUCCCAUUAAAAAAAAACAAAGUUGUUGCUACUUUUCAAUAUACGCAGCGCUGGGAAUAUUUCAGGUCGAUAGAACACAACUAAUUAUCCGAGAAGCCAAGUUUGCAAAACAAUCCUACGUUGCGUUCUCCGGAAACGUCUAAUGUGAAAUUCAUUCACCAUGAAUCAACCUGUAUAAUGCUUCUUUUCAUACGUAAACGACGGCUUUUCAGUAAAUAUGUUUCAUACAGGAUGUGGUAAUUUAUUUCAAUUUAAUGAAGGCAUUUUUGACUCAGAUGACAUUUCACAUUUUGCUUCCAAUGUAUAAUUCCUUCAUCUUUCAUAUACAAAAAUAGUAUACUUCAUUUCAAUCGAUAUCUUCUACCGUUCUAGAGGAAAUCUCAUUUCAAAACAUAUACAUAAAUAUAUUUUUCCUACAAGCGUGCGCAAAGUAGUACUUUUCCGCACUCAUUUGCGUGCGCAAAGUGAUACCUUUCCGCACUCAGUGCGGAUAUUGGUGUUAUCCGCACGGCGUGCGGGUAAGUAAAACAACUCAAAAAUCUCACUGGUAUGGAACAUUUAUAUUCUUUUUAGUUGCUGAUGUAGUCUAUUGUAUGCACUAUAUAGGAAGCCGUUAUCCCUUUCACUUUUCAACCGUUCGUGCCGAUAUUUGUAUGUCACCUGAAUAUAAAUAUUAGGAACAAAUGAAUAAAUUUUCUAUCAUUAUAUUCCAUUGAUAUGUAAUUGUUUGUCGUUUAGCUAUUUCUAUGAAGUUUAACUAAAAAUUAUUCAAUAAAUUGUAAUUUGAGCU